UGAGAGGAAGGGCUUGUCCUCACAUGUGAUUAGUGGGUGUGUGUUGUCUACACCCUCAGUCAGUGCGACGUUUUAUUAAAGUUGUAAGAUGGCGACGGUGCAUCUGAGGAUCGGGGACCUUGUGUGGGGGAAGCUUGGGCGUUACCCACCAUGGCCAGGAAAGGUAGUAAGCCCUCCAAAGGACCUGAAAAAGCCAAGGGGGAAAAAAUGCCAUUUUGUGAAAUUCUUUGGGACUGAAGACCAUGCCUGGAUCAAAGUAGAACAACUGAAGCCCUACCAUGCCCACAAAGAGGAGAUGAUCAAGAUUAAUAAAGGAAAGCGCUUUCAGCAGGCAGUUGAUGCAGUGGAAGACUUCCUAAAGAAAGCUAAGGGAAAAGAACAGAACGCCGAUGGUAAAGGUGACUCAAAAGGAAAGAAGACGCCUAACAAGCCACUGAAAAUACUGGAGGAGGAUGACGAGGAUCUCAGCGCACUGAAGGACCCCUCUGAGAAGGACUUGACUGACUCUGACCCUGAGCCAUCCACUAUUGAGAGGCUGGGGGCUGGACCUGGCACAGGACUCAAAUGGGAAAGCAGUCCUGUGAAAGAUGACCCACAUUUCCAUCACUUCCUACUGAGCCAGUCUGAGAAGGCGGCCUCAUCAAUGGAACCCAUCAGCAAGCGCCUGAAGAUCAUUGAAGAAGACACAGGGUCAACAUCUAUCCAAGCAGCAGACAGCACAGCCAUCAAUGGAAGCAUCACACCCACAGAUAAAAGGAUAGGGUUCCUGGGACUGGGGCUGAUGGGAAGUGGUAUAGUUUCCAACCUGCUGAAAAUGGGUCACGUGGUCACCGUGUGGAAUCGCACAGCAGAAAAGUGUGACCUGUUCAUUCAGGAGGGCGCCAGGUUAGGCCGGACUCCUGCAGAGGUGGCCUCCACGUGUGACAUCACUUUCUCCUGUGUCUCUGACCCAAAGGCUGCCAGGGAUUUGGUGCUGGGACCCAGUGGAGUGCUGCAGGGAAUCAGGCCAGGAAAAUGCUAUGUUGAGAUGUCCACUGUUGACCCAGAGACCAUCACAGAGCUCUCACAGGUGAUCACGUCGCGGGGAGGCCGUUUCCUGGAAGCUCCAGUGGCAGGAAGCCAGCAGCUCUCCAAUGAUGGGAUGCUGGUCAUCCUGGCAGCCGGUGACAGGACGGUCUACGAGGACUGCAGCAGCUGCUUCCAGGCCAUGGGCAAGACCUCCUUCUUCCUGGGUGAGGCAGGGAACGCAGCGAGGAUGAUGCUGAUAGUCAACAUGGUGCAGGGCAGCUUCAUGGCCACCAUUGCAGAGGGGCUUACUCUAGCCCAGGCCACUGGCCAGUCACAGCAGACCUUCCUGGACAUCCUCUGCCAGGGCCAGAUGGCGAGCACCUUUGUGGACCAGAAAUGUCAAAAUAUUUUACAGGGCAACUUUAAGCCCGACUACUAUUUGAAACACAUUCAGAAGGAUCUGAGACUAGCCAUCUCCAUGGGCGACAUGGCCAACCAUCCAACCCCAAUGGCUGCAGCUGCCAAUGAGGUUUACAAGAGGGCUAAGGCACUGGACCAGUCAGACAAUGAUAUCUCUGCAGUCUACAGAGCCUACAUUCACUAGAGCGGGGUGUGACCUAUCCUCCGGACCACAGUCUUUAACCCUUUCUUAUUUCUCCCUCAUCAUUUAUCAGAGUUUUUAUUUUCAAUUCUACUUGUUCUAUUUCAUUUUGCCUCAGUGGCAGCCAUGUUACUUGCCCACAAGUCAUGGGAUGAAAUAAAUUUUUAGAGGCAACCUUCAGUAUUGUACUGAUUGUACCGGGGGAUUAUAAGGUGUAAUGGUGUGUUCAGACUAAAAGCUGAGUGGAUUUUUGCCCAGUGCGAGUCUGUGGAGUAGCUGGGGAAGGCAGCUAAUGCUAGUGCUAAUUUGGUUCAUAUUUUCCGAGUUUAUCUGGUCGUUCAACUGUCUGACUUAUCUCCUUUUGUGUUCUGUCUCUAUAAAGUACAGACGCAUCGUAAAGCUCCGCGGAUGGUCGAAAAUAAGGAGAUGAUUAGAAAAAAUUAGGAGAGAAUCUCAGCCUUGAUAAGCUUUCAAGAAACAGGAUCAAGUUGAGGAUGUUUCAUUUCGAGCGGACAGCAUUAACCCGGUGCAAAGUCACAUCUUUGCUUUGAUUUUGCAAGUAAUCCCACCAUGGGAAAAACUUUCCUUGCAUUUGAUCUGAACACACCACAACAGUACUCCAAACAAGGUUUUACUACUGCUAUGGGGGCAGUUUGUCUGGAUUCUGACAACUCAAAAAAAAAAAAAAAAAGGGCGGGAGAAGUAAUGCAGGGUGUAUGGCAAGGAUGUGUGGUGCAGUGCUACUGUGAUGAGCAGAGUGUCAGAUGUUCAGUCCAGAGAAAUUGCUGUCAGCUUUAGCGGAUGCAGAAACCCUAAAGAUUUUUUUUUGUUGAUGUGCAAAUGAAGAGUUUAUUUAAUUGAGUGUGAUAUUUGCUUUUCUUUUUAAAUGUGGAGAAUUCCAUGAGAGAGCACCAAGUACAUGCCCCUGCAUUGCCUUAAUAUUGUAACCCCUGAAGUCUUUCAAUUAUAGAUGUAUUUAUUUAUGCUUCUUUCCAGGUCUUCUUGGUGCAGUAUGUUCACGGCUUGUUUCUGUGUUUGACUAGAUGAUGUAGGCUUUUACGUUGGUUUUAAGGAUUAAUCUUCGAAGCGAUUAAGGACAGAAUAACGUAAGUGUUGAGGCCUUAAAAUGCAGUAAUAAUUGAAAUAUCUCAAGACUUGAGAUUUCCACAUUUCAACACUUCGUUCUUUUGUUUGAGAGUUCUCAGUUCUUCUGUUUUUCUUUUUUUAAUAUAUUACCCAGGCAGCAAGAUGAAUCCACCUCUUGAUUUGCAUUUUAACUGAAGUUCAUAAUUAUAUCAUUAGUUUUAAACACUGCCUCUAGAAUAAAUACAACAUCCUCCGCUCCACAGUCAGUAGCAACAUUACUAUUGAGAAGCUAAUAAAGCACGCCAUCCCAUACACACGCACUGAGCCGUUCGUUCCAUUUCCAUAUUUAAACAGGCCGGUCCCCAAUGAGAUGUUUGAGAUUCAUAAUUUAUUUAUUAUAUUGCCCUCACUUUACUUUGGUUAAAAUAAAGGGAGGGAUGGUAGUUGGCCACAUGGCAGUGGGGGCCACCUUGAAUACAUAGUAGAGGUCCUCGCAAGUCCACUAGGUUCAUAGUAUACAAGACCUGAUUCAGUUCUGGAACUUGACUGAUAAAUCAGCAGCAUGAUCAGCUGAUAUACGCUCAGCAUAGAUUGAUCGCACAUAAUAAGAAAUAUCAGUAGAGAAAGACCAAAUAAAGGGGGUCAUUAACAAAGCCAUGUGUCAAUCACAGAGAGCUCUGAAAAGAAACAUCCCACUCUACAUAUCUUACCAGUGCGUCAAUAAACAAUUAUUAAAAAUAUUUGUUGCAUGUUCAAAAGUGAACAGGAGCAGAUAUAUUCUUAUCAGUUUUGAACUCAAAUGUUUAUGCCGAGAACUGAAUUUUUGAGACAAACCACCAUGUGUGUAUACUUGGCUCCAUUUUAUUAUUAGUCUUAAUCAGGUCAGGAUUACAUUCUGUCGCUGAAGCGCUCAGGUCUGUGUGUUGGCAUGUGUCAUACCUCAGUGGAUCUGAUCAGACUCUGCUCGGAUAAAUCAUGAUUUGAAGAAAAGCAAAAGAUACCUUCAGGACAAAAGUGUAAAUGCAUGUUAAUGGUUUAGUCCGAAACCACAACCUUUUGGAUCGAUUCUGAGCUAUCAAGUCAUUUUCUUUUCAAGUUAAUUUAUGUAGUAAGGGUUUUUACAGGAGAUGCUUUGGAUAGGGCCAAAAGUGUCGACACUCUACUGUGUCGCCUGAAACAUGCCCUUGAAAUGUAUGCAGAUGCAAAAGACAUGGCCAACAUACGCAAAAAAACAUUGCACAGUUUUUUCCCUGCUAACAGGAUAGAGUACUGAUACAGUUGAUUACUCAGUCUGGGCUUGUCAGAGACGAGACACAAGUACAGUUUUGAUGUGCCUGUCAGAGCUGCGCUAUAUUCCACCACUAUAACCUGCAGAUGGAUCAUAAUGUGUGACAUUUUAGCUCAAGUCACCUUUGAGAGUGAGUUUGGGGUUUUACACCUUGUUCCUUUUUUUUUUAUAUAUAUAUAUGUGAGAUUUGGCUGACUUCACUUCACCUCUUAUCUCCUACAUGGUGUUGGUGUAGGUGCAGUAAUUGGUCUUUCAAGAUGACAAUACAACAGCAAAUCUGUCCAGAAAAACAAACUGACGGAGAAAUGCGUCUCGAGGCACGUCAAAACUCGACAAUGCCUGUCGACGUGGGGUUUGUCCCCGAUUAUUAAAAGCUGUUGCCCUGCUGUUCUUCCACCAUGACGUGAAGAAACUGAAGUGUGAAGCAUGUACACCAUCAGUAAACCCCAACUGUUAUUGCUUCCUUGCAGGAAAAAGUAACUCAUGGUGUUUAGUUACUUUACAGUCUUGAUGAGUUGAAAGUUUCUCUCAGCAGAAUAAUUUUACUAUACAUUAAUCAUCCAGAAUCUGGUUUUGGAAGAGUUGCCAAAGAAAUGAUAACCACGGUUUUUAAUUUAGCCUCAGUGUGAAGAAGCGUCUUUAGAAGACGGAUGUAAAUAGCAUUAGGUUGAGUUGGGUUUCUUUUAUAUCUACAAUUAACAGGUUUAAUGAAAGCAACGUCUCUUGAUUUUGACUACAGAGCGACUGUCUAACAUAUUUCUGUCUUAAUACUGUAGAUUGUUUAAGUGUAAAUGGUUUAUUACUAUGUAGCUUAAAUAAUCAGGCUUAUUGUUGCAUUGAAAUGACAAUGACUUGGAUCCUGUUGAAGAAAGAAGGGUGUAACUUUGCUUUUGGGGAUAUGUAUGAUUUUGUGUACGUGUGGAAAUCAAGACUUUUGUGCUGUUUAAUAAAUCCUCUCCUGAUUACUGA